AUGAGCGGGGAGACGCGCAGAAACAUCCUUUCUGCCAUACGCGAGCAAGCCAGGCUACUGCGUGACGGUCGCAAGGACUCUGAUCCUGCAGCGUGGACCCAGCAGCAGUGGUGGGAGAGCUUUGUUUACUUGUUUGUCAACGCGGGCGGCGGCUACUGUGAUGGCGGCGAGCAUCACGACGAUCUCCUGUUCUUUGUGAACGCCGGCUGGGUCGCAGCCAAGGGCAACCAAACCGGCGCAGGCGCUGCGGGCAAGCCCGGCAAGCCCGGCGGUGCGCCUCCGCCCUCCCCGCCCCAGCAGGGCGCGGCGGCGGCGGCGCUGCCGCAUCAGCAGCAGCAGCAGCAGCAGCAGCAGCAGCAGCAGCAGCGGCCGGCGGCAGCGGUAGCAUCUGGCGCGGGCGCGCCUCAGGCCGCGCCGCGGGAGCCGUACUUCGUGCGGCGGCGCGGCGCGUCGCUGCCCGAGGACUUGAGCCUGAGCGGCCGCGGCUUUGCGGGAGUGGACUGGGCGGCCAGUGUGCUGCUCAACACGGUGCUGCAGAGCCGAUUCCAGCUGACGGUCGUGGCCUGUGGGCGCGAGUCCCUGGCUUUUGUUGCCGAGGGCCGCACCUGGGCCCCCCGCAUGCGCGCCGUGUCGCGCCCCGUGUUCGCCAGCCCCACUGUAACCGCCGUGAAUCUGGACAGCAGCCGCGGGGAGGCCGCCAACCCGGCGCCAUGCUAUCCUGACGCGUGCUUCGCGGUGGACAACUUUGAUGCGGCGUUUGAGGAGCUCGUGCUGUCGGAGCCAGAGCACUGCUACUGCGUCGUGCUGCACGCGCUGCUGGACGGCUGCGGCGCGGGCAGCGGCGGCGGCGCGUGGCGGCCGUCUGCGGAGGGGUCCGAGGCGGCGGGGCUGGCCGUGCAGCAGCAACAGCAGGAGCAGCAGCAGGAGCAGGAGCAGCAGGAGAAUCAGCAGCAGGAGCAGCGGCAGCAGCAGCAGCAGGCAGGGACGAAUGGCGCCGAGGGCCGGGCUGUGUCGACAUCGGGCGGCGGCGGCGGCGGCGGCGGCAGCUCCGCCAGCGACGCGCCCGGCGACGCCUGGCGCAUCGGCACGCGCCGGCGGUGCCUGUUUGCAGGGUACGUGUCGUACGAGCAGAUCGUCGACUUCAUAGCGCAGUCCAGGGGCCCGACGCGCAACCUGCUGGACGCGUUGCUGGGGCCGCAGCCAAACGGCGGGAAGGACCGCGUGGUGAUGACGGGCCCCGGCGGCGUCGGGCGCGCGGAGGUCGCCGUGACGCGGCUGGCGGAGACGCCGGCGGCGCGCUCGGGCGGCGGCGACGCGAGCGGCGGUGCGGCGGCGAGCGGCGGCGGGAAGGGGUCGUCGGGGGGGCUGGCGGACGCGCAGGAGCAGCCGCCCCAGCAGCAGCGGCAGGAGCCUGGUGGCAGCGGCGGCAGCGGGGGCGGCGCACUUGGAGUCGGGGGCCUGCUGCAGCGCGGCUUCAUGCGCGCGCGGCUGGUGGCGAGCGGCCUGCAAAAGGCGCUGGAAGCAGAGUUUGCCGGCGGCCCCGCGGCGGCCGGCGGCACGGGCAGCGGCGAGGCGAGCGGCGGGGGUGCUGGCGGCGGCGGCUGGCGGGUGCAGUGCGCUCUUAUGCUACUGAAGCUGCCGGUCGAACAUUUGGCGCGAGAGCUGCUCGAAGGCUUUUGA